CGGCCGCAGCAGUGACGACUGUGGCGGAGAAGGCCCGGAGGGGCUCUGCGUUCUGGAGUGGCGCUGCUUGGGCCGGUGGCUGAGUGAGGGCUGCUGGUUUCGCGAUUGAGGAGAACUGCGAGUGUGUUCGGUCUGUCCCCGUCGGGAUCCCAGCCACGAUGAGUGCUGCCCGGGAGUCUCACCCGCACGGGGUGAAACGUUCAGCCUCCCCCGACGACGAUCUUGGAUCUAGCAAUUGGGAAGCAGCAGACUUGGGCAAUGAAGAGAGAAAACAAAAAUUCUUGAGACUUAUGGGUGCAGGAAAGAAAGAACACACUGGUCGUCUUGUUAUAGGAGAUCACAAAUCAACAUCUCACUUCCGAACAGGGGAAGAAGACAAGAAAAUUAAUGAAGAACUGGAGUCUCAGUACCAGCAGAGCAUGGACAGUAAACUAUCAGGCCGAUACCGGCGGCACUGUGGACUUGGCUUCAGUGAGGUAGAAGAUCAUGAUGGGGAAGGCAAUGUGGCUGGAGAUGACGAUGAUGACGACUCGCCGGAUGCCGAGAGUCCAGAUGACUCGGACAGUGAUUCUGAGUCUGAGAAGGAGGAAUCUGCAGAAGAACUCCAUGCUGCUGAGCAUCCUGAUGAUGCAGAAGACCCGAAGAGCAAAAAAGAUGCGAAGAGCAAUUAUAAGAUGAUGUUUGUCAAGUCCAGUGGCUCAUAACUAUUAAACACUUAGUCUUUGUAUUAAAAGUAAGCCUUAUUGUUAUAAUGCACAGUGGAGGACUGCUUAUAGAGCACAGACCUUUGUAUUAUAAUUUUUAAAAAGGCCCUUUUAAAUAACUACAAAGAGUGUUUGCUUUCAAAUGCCGUGGGUCACACUUUUCCGGGCAUGACUAUAACCAUUUUUGUAAAGAGUCAGAGUUGUAUAAAAUGAAAUGAGAAAUAAAUACUGUACUCAGCUUCCUUUCA